CCGUCAUCGUAAAGUAGUACAACAUUUUCUUGUGAACAUCUCGCUGGCAUCACAAGUGGCUUGCACAUUUAAAGUAGGUUUCCUUUUCGGUUGAUAUACUUCAUCUCCAUGGCGAUUUGAUUUCAGGAUUCCUAUAUGUGUACAAUCAAUUACACCAAUUGCUGUCGGAAAUUAAACUUGCUUUGCCAUAUCCGCUUGGCCUCCAUCAGUUCAUGGUUGGUAGCUGGAAACUUGAUCCAUCCGUUCGACUGUGCAACUAUGCUGUUCACAACUCUAUCCACAGUCCCAGAUACCAUUGCUUGACUAACACCAAGUUCCUGACCAAUACCUUGUCGAUAUCCAGGGUCACC